AUGGACGCAGCAUCUGCUUAUAACCAGCAUUCGAGCCAGGGCCGCCGAAAGAACCGCUCCUUGACGAACCUCAACCACCUCUCCCUUGCUCCGUUGACCACAAAGCUUCCAAUCAACGACACUGAGAUCAUGUUUACCGAACUGAACAUCCACACCUAUUCUACCUCGUACAUCCAGGGCAAGUCCGCCCCCACAACUCCCUCCCUGCUGAGCCGCUCCCCCAGGCGAGGAACCUCCAGGACCCGGCACCAUUCACGCCAGGGCUCCGCGACGCCCCUGCCGAAGAGCAAGUCCGCCGUCCACAUAGGCCCACAGGGCAAGACGCCCAGGUCCGGCACGACAUCGCCUGGCGGGCAGCGGCGCGGGUCAAGAAAAGAAGACCAUGUGUCUGCCCGCGGCCGGACCGACAGCGACUGGCUCCUCCGCGCCGGGGUGCUUAUAAGCAGCGAGACGCGGGAGUCCAAGGGCCAGUCAUGGCUGGUGUCCCGCGCGAGCUCGACCAGCCUGACGGGCAUGCAGGGCGACCGAGAGGACGACGAGGACGACCAUGACCCGGACAUGUUCGAGAGGGAGAGGAUAGCCCGCGAGAACGCCAUCGCGAGCAAGCAUGCCAGCCGGAGGGGGAGCCUGGGCUUGUUUGAGGGCGACGAGUCGCCGCUGGUCAGUCGUACCGGGAGCUUCCACGCAAGCCGGACAGGUAGCCGUAGCCAGCUGAUCACACCCGGCGAGAGGGCCAGCAUUGAGGGCUACUUUGCCUCCCACGCCCCGCACGGAGACUACGCACCCGGUCCGGACUUCGUCAACCUCGACGAGAAGCUCGAGGCGAUUGGCUUCGACGGCGAGAUGGAUCAGGAUGACGAAGCCGACGUGAGGAGGCUGGUCAAGAAUGGCCAGUCCCGGCCGGGCACCUGGUUUGGGAACAUCUUUGGGUGGACCCUGGCCUCCGUAGAAGAAAACGACGAGGACGACGAUCCCGACGGAGAGGGCUCAGAUGGCGAGGCAGAUGUGUCUACACCCGAGACACCUUACGAGAGGCAAUUCGAAGGGGCUACCAUCUUGUCCGAACAACGGAUGCCCGCCCCUAAGGCUGAGGAAGGCGGCUGGCAAGACGCUGCCUGGCUGCUGAGUGUUGCGUCCAAAGUGGCUUGGUCCUGA